ACCAAGCAGGCAGGCAGCCAGGCAAGCAAGCUAGCAGGCAGCCAGUGCACCAGCCAAGACCACUAGAUCCGCUCGGCUUACCGACUUAGAGACUUAAGCCGGCAGGCAGUCCGAAAGGCUCAACCGGCUAAGCCUGGCGGACCCACCUACCAACCGACUUACGCGGCGCUAGCCACUACGACGCGUUUCAUCUACCGGCGGGAAAAUCAGGAUACACCGCUGCGACCGGCGGUACCGCCGCCGCCUUCUUAUAUUUUCCUCUAUCGCCGUGUCCCGCUCCGCGCUUCUCCUCUCCAACGCACGUUAAGGGCGGAGGUGCGAAUAGUGACGAGUGCUGCGCGAUCAUCAUCGACGCGCUUGUGCCGACGACGACGACGGCGGCGACGUCGACGUCGUUACCCGCGGCCGCGGCGUCUGACGACGGUCGCGGGUAGGAGACCACGUCGUUCUCGUGCCACGCGUCUGUAAAUCGCAUGUAAACAUUCACGCAGUGAAUUCCCGGAGUGGCGAACGAGAAUUCGGAAGUGGUGAUAAUACAGAUCGUGGUGUCACGAGAGUGUCGUGCUCGUCCAUCGCGUGCAAUCAAAUUAUCGCCGUCACUUUGAUUGGUGACAGAAGCGGAUGUCGUCUCUUGGAGAGAACAUCUCGCCGGAGAGAAUGGAUGACGAGAGGAGUAGUGGUCAAUGUAGUGCUAGAUAUAUUGUAGGGAACUUUUGAUUACGUCUACAAACAUUCUACGUUCUAUCUGAUCCACGAACGCUUCGAUGAAACUCACAGGGAGAACGUAAAAGCGUGAAGAAGAAUCGUGACAAAUCGUGAAUACUCGCCUCCAUCAAAGUGAGAAAUACAGCAAAAAUUCAACAGAUAAAAACGGAGCAAGAGAAGUAGAUGAGUUCAUCUACCUCAAGUGGAAGAUGUUUAUGAGGAUGAUAGUGCUAGUAGUUCAACCUACUUAAGCGACGUAUUUUAUAACUCUUCUAGCUUUUUUUUACGCAAUAUAGUGACAUUGAACCGACAGUUUUUCUGAUUUAUCAAGUCUCCACGUGUCAUAGCGCGGCGUGUCAUCCACGUGAGUCCCGCGCUAUAUUUCGGAGUCUUGCCGUGAAUUCGCGACCGUCCAUGUAAUUCUCAUCGGUCCAUCUCGAAUACCAGCGCAAAAUGUCGCGUACACGGUUAUCUCGUUGUCGACGAUAGAGAGAAUCGGAGCGCCAGCGAAAGAGUGCCGACGCGACGGUAUGACGAACGCGCUGUAAUCUCUAAAAAAAAGAGAGAAUUAUACGAGUAUAAUCUCUUUACAAACCUAUGAAAGAAACCAUAGUCCUCGUUAUUGACUAUCAACAUCCGCGCAUUGUAUUGUCUGAUAGAAACCGAUGCGACAAAAUUUUCAUGAUAAAUACUCUCUUCGAAGGAAACAAACCGCUUGAUGUUUUCGAUUGAUAAUCGCCUUUAAAGAACUAUCGCGUAAAUUCUCGGUUAACGAUAUUCUCCGAUCUACGAGACAGGGAGGACGCUUGAAUGUGUCCUUAGAAGGAGCCAACGAACAAACCGUGAUCGCGCUGAUUCACGGCCUCUCGCGGGCCAGGUUGAUUGUGUCACCAAGUUGUAAGGAACAGUCAACACGACGUUAACCUUCUAUAGUAUGGAGCGGGGCGGCGGGGCCGGGGGGAGCCUCGAACUCGCCGGAGGCGGCGGCGGUGGCGGCGGAGGCGGCGGCGGUGGCGGAGGCAAUGCGGAUUUGUGUCUGCAGGACCUCGUGAUCGGGCCUCCGAGCAGCCUCUCGGUGCAACAUCAUCAGCACGCGGCAACCGCCUCGAUGGCCAGCCUGCACGGCGACCAUCUUCAGGGCGCGAUGCACCAUCACGAUCUCCACGGUAAUUCGCAUCACGAUACCUCGAUGCUGCACAAUUCCAGCCACCAGCUGCACCAUGAGCCGCUGGAGAAACUUAAACGUGUCUGGGCGCAGAGUGACUUCGGGGACGAAACCAAUGGGGGCCUCGCGAGGCUCGACGCGGGUCAUGGCGCUCACACCCCCGGUGGUAGCAAUCCUAGUACACCGGGAGCGACCCCCACGACACCCUCCGGUGGAUAUUCCACCGGACAGCCGAGGAACCGUACGAACGCAACUCACAGGCCAGAUAUUCGAAAAGGUGUACGAACACCACCAGAAGUGAAACACGAAUUGGGUGCUGCUGGUGGCGUUGUUUCUCCUGGGGUAGUUGGAGUCAACGAUACCGACGAUAAGGAUGGCAAAAAAAACAAAAGGCAAAGGCGACAAAGGACGCAUUUUACACAACAUCAGCUUCAGAAUCUGGAGAUGACGUUUUUGAGAAAUCGGUAUCCAGAUAUGUCAACCAGAGAAGAGAUAGCUUGCUGUACGAAUCUCACAGAAGCUCGUGUCAGGGUCUGGUUCAAGAACAGGCGGGCGAAAUGGCGGAAGAAGGAGCGUAACGCGAUGAACGCCGCCGCGCAGGCCGCAGCGGAUUUCAAGUCGGGCUUCAGUACAGCCAGUCUGAACGGUUUCAUCACCCAACCGUUCCCAGAUCCCGACACUCUCUACAGCUCGUAUAGCACGUACAACAACUGGGCGGCUAAAGUACCGUCGCCGUUGAGCGGCAAGAGCUUUCCCUGGAUGAACACUCUGGGCUCAGUUGUGCCUGCGGCAUCGCAUCAUCACCAUCACGCUCAGGUCAGCCCAGUGAAUCCCUUUAACGCCGCAGCAACGUCGGUCGCAGGCAGCCACGUGGGCGGCAUGUCAGUUUCGGUCGGUCAAGCGGCCACGUCCAUGUUACCGGGCAUGGGUUCUGGUCUCGGUGUCGCGAGUUCACCGGUCGCCGCGUCUGGCGCGGCGUGUCCGUACGCGGCGCCGGCGGCACCGCAUCAUCCAUAUGGACCGCCGGUUUAUACGCCUCACCAUCGAUCGCCCGAAUCCUGUACAGUGAUGACAUCGAGUAGCAUCGCGUCGUUACGAAUGAAGGCGAAACAGCAUAGCAGUGGUUAUGGCGGCGGUGGUGGCGGCUCUUUCGGCGCAGGCGGUACCACAGGCGGUACCACAGCCGGAAGUAUAAGUCCCGUAAGUUCGAGAGCGUCUUCCGUCGGCGGUGGCGGUGGUGGCGGUGGUUUGAGCGCCUGUCAGUAUGCGUUAACAACAGCGGCCGGAGCAAACCCUCAUUCCCCGGGCGGUCCCGAGGCGCACGCUAACGCCACUGCCAGGGCCCAGGUCUGAGGCGAAGCGGGGGCUACGUCUAGCCCCCAU